AGGCCUAUGGACUUCAUUUCAGCUCGGUGUCUUUUGAAUGUAAGAGUGGAUUUGUUAAUUGCGGCGUAAAUUCUCUAACAACCGUGCUAAACACUUCAGAGGUGGAGUUGUAUGUUCGUUGCCUGGUUGGUGCUUCGCGGCGUACCACUUCAGAUCAAUCGCUGCCGCGAUAAGUUCCAUUUCGCAGAAAAUCUGGACGUAAGAAAAUGGAAGAUAGUCACUUGACCACCCAUACUGGACUAAAUUAAAGUGUGCGGGAGCUAGACAUGGAAAAAGGUGCAUGUAGGCCUUAUACCAUUUAUUGCGAGAUUAACGGACGAUGCACUUGUAAGACUGGGUUUCAUCAAAUGGCGAGCGUAGAAAGUGGAAGUGAGAAGCCAUAUUCUAGGAACUACUACGUGCUGAUUGAUUCACUGUAAAAGAAUGAAGGAUCCGAAACUGGACUUAAACGAGUGAACGUUAGAAGAGAACUGCCAGGCCUGGUCUGGUGCUGAUUUGUUAAAAUGCAUGUGAUUUUUUCUCGUGGAUUUUACGCCACAUUUUGGAAAAUUAGUGAUUGAAGAGAAGACAGAAAACAUUUCUCCAGCCAUAGGCCUACCACAAAAUUUCGGAAACAACUUUGGAUAAGAAUCCACGAACUGUCAAGCUAUAGUGCCGAGGCCUCAACGUGAGCUUAUUAACUUCAAGGCGUUUUCUACAAUGUAUUCAAAGACAUCAACCUUUCUGUUUGUGAAAAUGUAUCUAAAACCUGCCGGUGGCUGAACCCAAGGAUCGCAUUUAGUACGUGUGUAGCUUUCCACAUUCAAAGGCUAUCUGCUGUUCAUCAAAACGCAAUCAGUCACGCGUCUCAAGUUGAAUAACUUUGAACUCGACAAUAAAGAACAGCAAACAAAGCACUUCAGACUCUGAUAUCAAGAAAUACCGUGGCCAACCUAGACCUCCAGCCUUAUCUCAAGUGGCAAACAAAACGCCAGAAGAGAGGGAAUUUUUAUUAUUGUAUUGUCCGAACUUCGGCUGCGUUGACUCUAUUGCCGCUCAGUUUUAAUGCUGAAAUAUUUGAUGGGAAUCCAGCACUUCGCCGUUUCAAUUCACGUUUAAAGUCUGUGCGCGUUGGAGACGGGUAAUCCAAUGGAGGCUACACGUUGCCAGACAUUAUGAUUGGCGAUCUGUUUGCCUGUGUUGUUUACGUGGAAAUCAUUAGUUGGUGUUGCAAGCAAACAUCUUACCAAUUAUACCUUAUAAGAGAGACGGACUUUAAGAUGAUUGGACGAUUAUCGGCAAGGAAUUUAUUCAAGCCUGGCGAUCUUCGAAAAUGGUGACUCGUGUGCAAUUUGGGACAAAGCCAGGUCGAGAUGAGAGGCAUCCUAAUGGCGGCAGGCAAGCUGUAUAAACCCCGACUGGGCUUAUUUGCGCAGACUGAUAUCGCCUUUAACUCGCCUCACCGGUCUACCAAAACUGGAGAGGUGAAAGCGAAACCCUUCGCAACAAAAGAGCACCCGUGGAGCGAACAAAGCAGCCCCUGCAAUCUACCUUAGUGCGAGAUCGAAGAGAAAGGAGAGGGGAUAUAGGAACACCAGUUGCCGUACAACGCUGCCAGCGUACCCCAUGAUUCUCAAUGGUUGCCUUAUGUGCAUCGGCAUCAUUAGGCUUCAUGACGGCCGCGCUUGGCCGAUUAUAGCGUGACUUCACACGCAUGGAUUCCACCCGAGCAUUCGGUCGGAAUGAAAGUUCCGAGAGGAAAACAUCUUCCCAAAGCCAGUGAUGUUGGACAAAUCGAGGAUACAUAUGCAUGAGAUGAAGUCGAGAAGUAUUUAAUUGUACUAAGUCGAAAGAUGCGACUAAUUUGAACCGCGGAUGAGGACAAGUUUUGGGGAUCGGAAACGCCCGCCCGACCUUGAUUCUGAGCGUAUACAUGUCAACUGUACGUUGGCUUUUUGAAAUCAUGAACGGAAUUAAAAUAGUCAAUAGAAUUCACUGAUUAGCAGAGCCAACUGGUCCAUCAUACACCAGUUAUUCUUCCAAUUUCAAGUGGAAUUGUGUUUAACACUGUUGUCGUCGCCUUCCCGAAGGAGGUAAAGGCCUGCGUGUUUGUGAAUUCUUAAAAGCCCAGGCAUUUUGAUUGUUUUUUAAAAGUUCUAGGUAGGUAUUGCAUUUCUGCGAACUUUGCUAAUGAAAAGGUCCUUCGAUGAUCGAUGGAAGUUUUCGAGAAUUUUUAAUUAGUUUUAGGAAUGUGACGAUGCAACAUAAGACUAGGCUCUGUAUUGUGUAUUCAGCAUGCAUGGAGGGUUAAUGAAAGUCGAUACGUCGACCAGUGACCUCGACAUGGCAAUGACGUCAGAAACAAAUAGCCAAUCAGAAGGAAGUGAACCCACAGCUAUUAACACUAUGAGCCAGACCGGUGGUGGUGGGGCUGUAGAGAUUGAAUUAAUUGUAUCAAUAGACAGCGAUUGCGAGGGAACAAACACACCCCAGGUAUUGACACGAGGAAAACAUGAUGAACACUCGCCGAACGCCAGUCCCAGGCAAGGGAGCCUCCCGGACAUGAUGCGUCUGCUACCGCCGAUACGGGACCACGACUCGGACUCGGCCGUCCAUCAGCAGGGACUAACAGUGGGUGCUGGCAGCCUCAGCCUGCGGUCCACCCGCUCCAACAGCCCGUUGCUGGUUCUCGAUCGAAGUGGUGGGCCCGGACUCUGCUUCCGCGCCUCGGACUCUGAGAAGAUGCUCCCGGUGUUGCUCCCGGCUGAUGCCGGCCUGCACCCACGCUCGCACGGCCUGCUCGGUAACGGCAGCCAAGGCGGAUCGCUGUCGGCGCUUUCCCGGCCGCUGUCCCCACGACAUCUGUCAUCGUCCUUCCCCCAUCAUCCCUUAAAGGACAAACCUGCCGGAAUUACCCAUCACCUCCACAGGCGACUUAGUGAGGAUAAACACAGACUUCCUCAGACUUCAGAACCGCUUGGGAGGACUGUAGACAUGCUGAACGAAACCACUGAUGCCCACCCAACUAUGCUACGAAGACGCUCUUGCCAGUCCCCCAACCGGAUCACGUUCAAAGAGAGACGACGUGCCAGCGAGGGAGUGCUGGCAGUGUCACCGUCUCAACUGGGACAAUACUCCCAAACAAAAACCCCGAUCGAACUCCGUAGCCCGCAGUCGAAGACCAGCCCCUCCACUCGUGGUCACCGAGAGAUCGGGGAGCUGAUGUCCACCGUCCCUGGCCGGAAAGCGAAGGGGCAGAAGACGCCUCGCGGCCCGGGCCUCAAUCGAAUGUCGCGGCUGAGCAGCGCCUCGUUGGAGGCGGUGAACAAGCGUGGGGACCCGGACGAGAAUGAUUCGGAGCAGCAGCGAAUUCUGCAGUGGCUGGAGGGGGUCCGACGGGGCUCGGACGGAUUAACAGAUAAUGUGGACUUAGGGGUCGGCCAGUUUGAGCCUUUGAGCAGAAGCAGCACUGAAACGGCCAUCCGGGUAAUCCACAAAGAUCGGAACUAAUUAUAGGAUCACACCCACGAGUUACCAUCAAAACAAGGAUUACCGUUCGGAUGACUGGAAAUUGCACUCACAGCUGGGCCAACGCAACCAUGGCAUUGUCUCCUUGUAAUGAAAGUGAACAAAUGAAUGACUUUAACGGUUCGGAGCAUUGGCCCAAACUUUCUGGAAAAAAAGAAGUUCCUUUAGUCCUAAUGCAUAUCACGUGAGCAGCAAUUACCUGCAGUCGUUCUAACUAUCCCCAGCUUAUCUCUUCCUACAAGCAUGUAAUCAACUCUAUGCAUGCUCUGAGUGACUCACCAGCAACUUAGCAUUCGAGCGCAGUGAGCCCUUUCAAAGGUUUGACUGGGGAACUGCAAUCCAAAAUCAAUGUUAUUAAGUGGUAUGAACACCGAAUUGUUCAGCGAUUCGAUUCUUGAAUCCAUUCAGGAUAAAGAGAACCCAUGGGUAGGCUAAUGUCAAGAGCUCGUGAAAUUCAGCCGGAACCAGGAGAAAUAUGUUUUAAUCGAACCUCGUAGCAUGAAAUCCAUAUAGUUUUAUGCAUAAUAGCAAAUUAGUUCUCGAACAUUUUAGUCUUUUUUCAGAGGCAGACAUAGCAGUUGCAGUCGGGUCCGUCACAUUUUCCCCCUCUCAGAUGUUCAGAUAUAAGUCAUUUCCACCAGACCACUUGUUACAUUGCAUAGUAGUGACCCAGGAAAGUGUUUGCUAAAGUUAAUGCGAAUUGCAUAAUAUUUCAAAAUUACAACGCUUUAAGACUUGACUUGACCUGGAUGACUUUUGACAAACUUGCAGGGAUUUGUGAUGGACUCAAAACAACACUGAAUUAAGGGGAAAAGGGUUGGAAAUUUUCCAGUUUUGUUGCCUGCGAAAAUGUUAGCUGUAUCAAACACUGCAGUUUGUGAUGCAUGUGCACGAAACGUCUGCAUGCCUUUCCAUUUCUACAAUUUCUAAAAGCUUACCGGUACAUUCAGUUUGGAGGAACUAAUUUACUUGAAAUAAAUGUUUACUUACACACAGAUUUAAAAAACGAAAUUGCUCUAUUUGGCAUUUUCGUUAAAUACUUUUUGUAAUUUUACUUAAUUUUGUAAAGUUUCUUGAUAUGACAGAUCUCUUUAUGUACAACCUUUGACGGGAAACUGUCUCAACAUCGAGCUCGCCAGUGUCAAGUUGUGCUUGCAUCAACUGGUUGCGGCUAAAAUAUCAUGCACGUCUAUGGGAAGCGGCUGAAGCCGCUAUGCAUUGAGUUUCAUGGACGCACGUAUUGUAUCCAGCCGCAGCCGUAGCAUUCGGAAAGUCGUAGACUUAUGCUGAAAUUUUUGUGGUAACCGCCGAACCCGGACCGAAUAAGCCAUUUGCGACUUAAAUUUGAAUAAACUCCGGUACACUGUGUUAUCUGAUUGC